AACUCGCAGUACUUUCAUCAAAAUAAAUUAAAAAGUAAAACGAUAAAAACUGAAAAUUUAGGUCAUCUUUUCAUAUAUUCGUCUCGUCCUAAAGCAAUGGCGUUCAUUGUCAGCUGCCAGUUUUGAUAUUCAUCAUUACACUGAACGUGACACAGGUUUGAAUACUCGGUCUUAAAACGAUUGCAGAAACCAAUUCUUGAUAUCUGUAUUUGUGGCACCGAUGGUCCUGGUAAAAUUAACUUGCUAAGGGGAGCACAAAAUUACUCCCUUUAAACUUCACUAGAGGUUAGAGGACACUCAAUAUCCUGAAGCUAGCUAUAGGGUCCACCGAGGGUGAUCGAGUGCUCUUCAUCUCAGCUAUGUCCUGUUCACCGAUAAUAUCACGAGCUCCAGGAUGCAUGGCCCACCCACGUGAUGUCCUUGUUUGCAGAAUACGUUCCCAUUGGAUAGUUACAUGACGCCUAUUUUGAGAGAAAAGGAUGUUUGAUCACGAUUUCUGAUUACCAUCGGUUGUAAAAAGGACGUACGACAUCACGCAACAGUCAAUAAAAGACAGACUGCGAUUCGCUUGCAUCACCCCGAAGACCUCCAUCGCAGAACCAUGUUCGUGAAAGCGUCGCUUCUCGGUUUUGCCGCGCUCCUGUUCGUGGCUCAGGCAGCAGUCCCGGUCUCCGAAUAUCUGGAGCCAACUGAUGAUGACGUCAUAAAGGAAGACGAGCGUGCAGACGACAGUGCCGAUGUUCACUUGAGUCACGUGACUGAAGACGACUUGCGCAGUGUCCUUCAGGAUGUCCAGAGAUACGUCAAAAGAGCUGUGGCCCACGAACACAUCCUCCGUGAGAUUGAACAUGUUAAGCGCCAUCUUGAAAUUCUUCAUCAUCACCUUGACGGUGAUGGAGAGCCAGAAAUUUCUGAACUAAGAGAACUUACAGAACGACAGUUGAGUAUAAUACAGAAUAGCGAUGGAAGCAAGACCUAUGGCUUAAACAUUCCACUAGGAGCUGCUAGUGUUAGCGGGUCGUUCACCAAGCACAAAGGGCGGCUUACCGGCGGGAGUCUAGGGGGAACUCUCGGUGCUGGGCUCCAGGGAUCAGGCAGUCUCAGUUACGACAGAAAGAAUGGGUUUGGAGGAUCAGCUGGGCUUGGUGUUGGAGCUAGUGGGUAUGGUACAGAUGCCCACGUGGGGUGGAGCCAAAAAGGCGGGUGGACCAAAGGUGUGGGGGUAAAAGCCGGACCUGUUGGCGCAUCACUCGACCAUGGUAAAGGCGGUUGGAGCUCGUCAGUGGGGUUAUCAGGUGGGGGUCACAGCAGCGGGGGUCGCAAGGGGGGUAGUCGACCAUCAGGUGGGAGAUCUUGGUGGGGUAAACGAGACACACGAUAUGUCUUAAGAUCUCCGCUAUAGUUGACACAUGACACUGGUGAUAACGCUGGGGUGCAGUACUGGAGAUGUUUUAUAUGCAGGGGCAACAUCCAGAACGGACCAUUUCGUUUUGUUGUCGGGCGGUUUUGUUUUUGUUUUUGUGAAUGUUUUUGUGUGAGUGGUUUUUUUAAAAAUGACACGUUUAGUAUUUGAUUAAAUUAAAAAAAAAUAUAUUUACAAAAUAACAUAUUACUAUCGUAUUCAAGAUAUCAUCGUGGGGUUCUAUUUAGUUGUUUUUGUUUUUGUUUUCAUCUGUUGUUUCAUUUAUAGAAGUGAUAAUAAUAUAUACUGUUCUCUACCCUAAUAAUUCAGGAGCGUUAUUGUUAAUUGCAUGUGUCAUUUGCCGUGUUACUGAUCAGAAAUUCAAGAAAUAAAUGUUUGUUCGUAUUAA